GCUUCCUGGUGUUCAGACAGCUCUGGCUCUUGAACUCCAUCCCCAGGGCCCUCCCUGAACCUGGGCGGUGUGUCGAGUUUUUUCCCGUGCUCGUGUUUCCCAAAACCAGUAGUGGUGUCCAGAUGCGGUUUAGCAGGCGCCGAGCAGAGCAGGGGCCGAUCCCAUCCCUUGCUCCUGGCAGUGCCCCUGUGCACGCAGAGCAGCUGUUCAGCAGCAGAGGGCCCAGGGCAGAGCCCGGUGGUGCUCUGCUGCCCCUCGCCUCCAGGCAGGGCACAGCUCUGAGCCGCCAUCCCGAGCCCGCCCACCCACCACCUAUUUCCUAUUCGCCCAGCUGUCCAGCCCUGAGCCGUAACAUCCUGCCUCGGGUGCGAGGUCUGUGGGAGAGAGCGUCCAGAUCCUCGUUUGGGGCAAGGCUGCUGUCAUCCCCUGCUUUCCCUUCCCCGCGGAUUUGUCCCCUGCUCUCCGGGCUCGUGUCCCCUCGUGGUGGCGGUGGGGCAGUGCCGGUGCCGAUGACGGCGCGGGGAAUGUUGCCCGUCCGGUUCCGCUGCGGGCGGCUCCGGGCCAGAUACGUGGUGCUGCGGCUCCCAGGGGCUCUGCAGGACCGGUCCGGUCCGGGUACCCCGUGCCCGCAUGGCUCCGCGGAGGCUGAGCGCCGCGGGGCCUCGGGGACGCCGCCAUGGCGAAGCGGGAGGCCAGCGCUAGCCCGGUGGUGCGGCAGAUCGACAAACAGUUCCUGGUGUGCAGCAUCUGCCUCGACCGCUACCGCAACCCCAAGGUGCUGCCGUGCCUGCACACCUUCUGUGAGAGGCCUCCUGGCAUCCCCUGCUCCCCUUCCGUCUGGCACAGCCCUGUCCUAUCCAUCCAUCCGUCUGUCUGUCUGUAGCCCCAUGUCGAGGUGUCUCCAGAACUAUAUCCCGCCCCAGAGCCUGACCCUGUCCUGCCCCGUGUGCCGCCAGACCUCCAUCCUGCCCGAGCGUGGUGUGGCGGCCCUGCAGAACAACUUCUUCAUCACCAACCUGAUGGAAGUGCUGCAGCGCGACCCCGACAGCCGCGGCCCCCACCCCGGCCCGGGGCUGGACCCCGUCAGCGCCGUCACCGGGCAGCCCCUGUCCUGCCCCAACCACGAGGGCAAGGUGAUGGAGUUCUACUGCGAGUCCUGCGAGACCGCCAUGUGCCGCGAGUGCACCGAGGGCGAGCACCGGGAGCACGUCACCGUGCCGCUGCGCGACGUCGUGGAGCAGCACAAGGCAGCUCUGCAGCAGCAGCUGGAUGCCAUCCGCGGCAGGCUCCCGCAGCUGGCGGCCGCCAUCGCGCUGGUGUCGGAGAUCAGCCAGCAGCUGGUGGAGCGCAAGAACGAGGCGGUGUCCGAGAUCGGCAGCACCUUCGAGGAGCUGGAGAGGGCCCUGCAGCAGCGCAAGGGGCUGCUGGUGCGCGACCUGGAGGCCAUCUGCGGGGCCAAGCAGAAGGUGCUUCAGGCGCAGCUGGAGGUGCUGCGCCAGGGCCAGGAGAACAUCCUGAGCAGCUGCGCGUUCACGGAGCAGGCGCUGCACCACGGCACGGCGCCCGAGGUGCUUCUGGUGCGCAAGCAGAUGAGCGAGCGGCUGAGCGCGCUGGCCAGCCAGGAGUUCCCCGAGCACCCGCACGAGAACGACCAGCUGGACUACGUGGUGGAGACUGACGGCGUGCGCAAAUCCAUCCUCAACCUGGGAGUGCUGAUCACCACCAGCGCCACGGCGCACAAGACGGUGGCCACGGGCGAGGGGCUGCGGCACGCGGUGGUGGGGCAGCCCGCUUCGCUCAGCGUCACCACCAAGGACAAGGACGGCGAGCUGGUGCGCAGCGGCAGCGCCUGCCUGCGCUUCAUGGUGACGGGGCCGGACGGCGGCGCGGCCGAGAGCGAGGUGCAGGACAACAAGAACGGUACCUACGAGCUGCUGUACACGCCGCGUGCCGAGGGCGACUUCCAGUUGUCCAUCGCGCUGUACGGGCAGCCCAUCCGCGGGAGCCCCUUCCGUGUGCGCGCCGUCAAGGCCAGCGACGUGCCACCAUCCCCGGACGACGUGAAGCGCCGUGUCAAGUCGCCCAGCAGCGGGCACAUCCGGCAGAAGGCGGUGCGCCGGCCCUCCAGCAUGUACAGCAGCGGCAAGAAGAAGGAGAACCCCAUCGAGGACGAGCUCAUCUUCCGCGUGGGGAGCCGCGGGCGGGAGAAGGGCGAGUUCACCAACCUGCAGGGCAUCUCCACCUCCAGCACCGGCCGCAUCGUGGUGGCCGACAGCAAUAACCAAUGCGUGCAGGUGUUCUCCAACGAGGGGCAGUUCCGGCUGCGCUUCGGCGUGCGUGGCCGCUCCCCAGGGCAGCUGCAGCGCCCGACCGGCGUCACCGUGGACAUGAACGGGGACAUCAUCAUUGCUGACUACGACAACCGCUGGGUCAGCAUCUUCUCCCCCGAGGGCAAGUUCAAGACGAAGAUCGGUGCCGGGCGGCUGCUGGGCCCCAAGGGCGUCGCGGUGGACCGCAACGGGCACAUCAUCGUGGUGGACAACAAGGCGUGCUGCGUCUUCAUCUUCCAAUCCAACGGCAAGCUGGUCACCAAGUUUGGGAGCCGCGGCACGGCCGAGCGGCAGUUUGCAGGUACACUCGAUGGGCCACACUUUGUGGCGGUCAACAACAAGAACGAGAUCGUGGUGACGGAUUUCCACAACCACUCGGUGAAGGUGUACAACGCAGACGGAGAGUUCCUCUUCAAGUUCGGAUCGCACGGGGAGGGCAACGGGCAGUUCAACGCGCCCACCGGCGUGGCCGUGGACGCCAACGGGAACAUCAUCGUGGCCGACUGGGGCAACAGCCGCAUCCAGGUGGGUCCUGCCCCGAUCCUGUCCCUUCCCCAGUGGGUCUGGGCAGGGAGCGGGGUGCGCGGCCCCCAGCUGGGACCGGGUCGUAGUAUCGUUAAGGUUGCAAGAGCCCAGUGAGACCAUCGAAUCCGACGGUAGAACUGUAGGAUUGUUAAGGUCGUAGAAUCAUUAAUGGGGGCAGCUGGGAGCGGGGCACGGACAGGGUCGGUAAAGCCAUGGGGACGGUGUAGGGACAGGGCAG